UUACAAAAAACAUAUCUUUUUUUUAAAUACACUAGUAAAAUUUAUAUGAUAUUUCCGUUAAUGAAAGUUAGUUCUCUUCCGGUUAUACGGCGUACUGAGUAAGAUGGGUAAACCGCGUGGUCUUCGUACUGCACGUAAGCAUGUAAAUCACAGACGCGAUCAACGUUGGAAUGAUAAAGAUUAUAAAAAAGCUCAUUUGGGUACAAGGUGGAAGGCCAAUCCAUUCGGUGGUGCUUCUCAUGCAAAGGGUAUUGUAUUAGAAAAAGUUGGCGUAGAAGCGAAACAGCCGAAUUCUGCUAUCCGUAAAUGCGUACGAGUACAAUUAAUUAAAAAUGGCAAGAAAAUUACAGCUUUUGUACCUAGAGACGGUUGUUUAAAUAAUAUUGAGGAAAAUGAUGAAGUUUUAGUCGCAGGAUUUGGUCGUAAAGGUCAUGCUGUAGGUGAUAUUCCAGGAGUUCGAUUCAAAGUAGUGAAAGUUGCUAAUGUUUCAUUACUUGCACUUUAUAAAGAAAAGAAAGAGCGACCUAGAUCAUAGAAUUAUUGUCAUGUAUUUCUAAUAAAUCUAUAUAAAAGUUUUUAAAUAAAUUAAUAUAUUAUUAUUUUA